UAUUAAUAUUAAGGCAUUUGCUAUUGGACGGCCCGUUUGUGCCACGCCUACCCGUAUAUGAAUACAACAACGAGGAAGUAUAGCUGUACAUACAUCUGUUGGCUGUCGACCGGGUGAAAGUGUCAACAUGGCAAAUACAGAUAAAGAUAUCUCCUACAGCGAUCUCAAAUCCCUCAGAGAGAAGAGUAAAGACCUUCUGCUUGUGGAUGUGCGCUCCAAAGAUGAAGUGGACAGAGGACGCAUCCCAGGCUCCAUCCAUAUCCCACUGGACAAUGUGGAAAAGGAAUUCUCUUUGGAUGCACAUGCCUUUCAAGAGAAAUUUGGUGUCCCCAAGCCCCUGCUGGAUAGCCGUGAUCUGGUGUUUCACUGCCAGAUGGGACGGCGUGGAGGAGCUGCUACAGAGAAAGCCAGAAGCCUCGGCUUCAAGAAUGCACGGAACUAUGCAGGAGGUUACAAGGAAUGGUCAGACAAGGAAGGCAAAUGAUGCUGCUCCAGCACACAGCACAGCUGUCCAGUACAUCUGAUAGAGUAGUUUUAGUGGCAUUUGGACCAUGUUCCUUAUAGAGGAAAUUAAGAUGAUUAACACACUAAUUGUGAACAUGGCAGUUCAAAUCUGAGGGAGAACAGAAGAAAAUGGUGAAAUGAAAUUUAUGAUUUUAAUGAGUACUGACUGUUCACAGUCACAUGACUGUCAUCCACGUUUAACUCAGUGAAACUGUAUAAUAGAGAUAUUUAUCUGUAACAUUAUAAAUAUAUUUAAAUAAUUAGAGACUUAAAUUGGAAUACCUCAGGAAUUUGUAGUAAAUAUAAAUGUUAUUCAUUUGCAGACUGUACUCAAACCAUUUAAUUUUUAAAAUGAAUUUAAAUCAUGGGGUUUAAGAAGUCUAGUGCCUUCUUUGUAUGUUCUUUUUUUUUUCUUCAAUAUGGACAUUGUGGUUGCUGUUUUGCGCAUGCGUACAAACGUCUAUUCUGUACUGGACUGUUACAAAAGGAACCUGCCACUCUGUAUAUGGUGCUUUUUGGUGAAGCAGGUUGUUCAUUUAUUUUGUCUCAAUGACCGACAUGAGAAAGAUGGACAUUUACUUUGCUCUGUGCUCUUCUUUCAGGUAAAAUCUUGCUAUGACCGUGUCACAAAUCACUUUUUUACCAAACUGAACGCUGUUUUCUGUCAGUUUAAUACGCACACGGUUACGAACGGCAGUCCAAAAUGUCAUUUAGCAACUGUUGUCUGUUACAAGUUGUGUGAAUUCUUAGAGAACAAUUAAACCUGUUAUCCCUCA